GUAGCUGUUGUGAACGUAUCGAGCAUCGUGUUGGUAGCCCAGUGUUAAGUACUAUCUCGAGCACAUCGUUAUCAUGUCGCAGCCUUGUACUGUACAAUCACGUAUCUCUGUAGACUUUUCAGUGGAGGAUGGGAACCGGCACCUUAAAAGCGUCUCUGCGAAAGAAGCUCUCAUCACAAUGCCCGCAUGGAACGGUUCGAUUUCAAGACAAAUCCGCUUAUGCGAAGUGUGCAUUAAAGUGUUCGAUGGCCGGUGGCCUGACGGGCGUCGAGUCCAAACGUUCAUUACGGACGGGACGCAGAAGUCCAAGAAGAGCAGGAAGCAGGACGGAGACAAACGGGACGAGAAGGCACGCUUGGAGGAUUUCAACAGGUUCAUCGAAAGCGAGCAGGCAUAGCGUGUUCUUCUCAAGAGCCGCAGUGGCUGAGCCCGUGAAGAAAAGGACGAGGAAAGCGAUUGCAGCGAGCAAUUGCCGCGGAAGUGAUUACCU